AUGGUCUCUGAAGAGCAAGACGGCUUCGCUGUGAGCGGAUGCCGGCGAGCGGUCGGUGUGCGGAGCAUCGACGACGGCACCUCGGACCGGCCGUACAGCCACGCCUUGGUGGCUGGCAUCGACCGCUACCCGCGGAAGGUGACCGCCGCCAUGGGCAAGAAGAAGAUCGCGAAGAGGUCCAAGAUCAAGUCCUUCGUGAAGGUUUACAACUACAACCACCUGAUGCCCACCCGGUACUCUGUCGACAUUCCGCUGGACAAAACAGUGGUCAAUAAGGACGUGUUCCGGGACCCCGCUCUAAAACGCAAAGCGAGACGUGAAGCCAAGGUGAAGUUUGAGGAAAGGUACAAGACAGGCAAGAAUAAGUGGUUCUUCCAGAAGCUGCGGUUCUAAAGGUGUAACGAGGUUGCAUCAAUAAAUGUUUAUUAAAAACCGU